AUGCGUUGCAGUAUUGCUACUAUCGUUGUCGCCUUGAGCGUGACAACCGCCGCAAUCAAUGUUCCAGAGGCAGUAAACAGCAUUAAUGCAGCUGCCAAGGGUGCAAAUGCCGCCAAAUCUCGCAUUUCCAGCGGUAAAGAAAAUGUUAAUGCGAUCAUCCCUGGAAUAAUGGCAAACAUGAAGCAACUUGUCGACGUCAUGGUGACUAAAAGCACGGCAACAGAUGCCGAGUACAAUGCGCUAUCGAACCAACAGCGUCAAGCAUUAACUACGGCUUCAAUCAAUUUCCUGGAUUCACAGCACGCCCUCUUUGGCUUGCUAGAUUCUUUGAUUCCAAAGGCUGGCAAACCUAGCCAGCAGAACAAACCCCGCGAUCUGGCAACACUACUUCGUGAACCAGUGAAGGGUUGCAAGCCGGCAUUUCAAGGGAUUGAAAAAGGCGCUAAAUGUGCCCGGCAAUAUAUGAUAAAGGCCGCAAAAAACGCUGUUGCAGGCUAUACCCCGGAGCAGCUGAAAGUAGCGAAUGAGGAGGAGGAGGAUAUUGAGCAUGACAUCUUUGAUCUUAUAUAUUACGGAUCUCAUUAA